CUUCCGGGGCGCGGUUGCAUCAGAUUCUGGGAAACGUCUGUGGCGCGGGUCAGGGAUUCCCAGAGAUGGCUGGUUCCUCCGGGGAGCAGGCUGCUGACUACAGGUCCAUUCUGAGCAUUAGUGACGAGGCAGCCAGGGUGCAGGCCCUGGACCAGCACCUCAGCACGCGUAGCUAUGUCCAGGGGUACUCACUGUCCCAGGCAGACGUGGACGUGUUCAGGCAGCUCUCGACCCCUCCCGCUGACAAGAGGCUCUUCCACGUGGCCCGGUGGUUCAGGCACAUAGAAGCGCUCCUGGGUGGUCCCUGUGACAAAGGCGAGCCCUGCGGGCUCCAAGCAAGUAAAGGCCGGCGAGUACAGCCUCAGUGGUCCCCUCCAGCUGGGACUGAGCCAUGCAAGCUCCGCCUGUACAACAGCCUCACACGGAACAAGGAUGUGUUCAUACCUCAAGAUGGGAAAAAGGUGACGUGGUACUGCUGUGGGCCAACUGUCUACGAUGCAUCUCACAUGGGACAUGCCAGGUCAUAUAUCUCUUUUGAUAUCUUGAGAAGAGUGUUAAAGGAUUAUUUCCAGUAUGACGUCUUUUACUGUAUGAACAUUACAGACAUUGAUGAUAAGAUCAUCAGGAGGGCCCGGCAGAACUACCUGUUUGAGCAGUAUCGGGAUCAGAAGCCCCCAGCCGCCCAGCUCCUGGAGGAUGUUCAGGCUGCCCUUAAGCCUUUUACAAUGAAGUUACAUGAGACCACGGAUCCAGACAAGAGGCAGAUGCUGGAGCGAAUCCAGCAGGCGGUGGAGCUGGCCAGAGAGCCACUUGAGCGAGCUGUGCACGCCAGCCUUCCCGGGGAGGAAGUGGACAGUCUUGCCCAGGCAUUGAUGGAAGAGGCCAAGGACUUGCUUUCUGACUGGCUAGAUUCCACGUGUGGCAGCGAAGUGACUGACAAUUCCAUUUUCUCCAAACUCCCGAAGUUCUGGGAAGAGGAAUUCCACAGAGACAUGGAAGCACUGAACGUCCUCCCUCCUGAUGUCUUAACCCGGGUCAGCGAAUAUGUGCCGGAAAUCGUCGACUUUGUCCAGAAGAUUGUGGACAACGGUUAUGGCUAUGUAUCAAAUGGGUCUGUCUACUUCGACACGGUGAAGUUUGCUGCCAGUGAGAAACACUCCUAUGGGAAGCUGGUACCUGAAGCUGUUGGGGACCAGAAAGCUCUUCAGGAAGGAGAAGGUGACCUGAGUGUUUCUGCAGACCGUCUAAGUGAGAAACGCUCCCCCAACGACUUCGCCCUGUGGAAGGCCUCCAAACCAGGAGAACCAUCCUGGCCGUGCCCCUGGGGGAAGGGUCGUCCAGGAUGGCACAUUGAGUGCUCCGCCAUGGCAGGCACGCUGUUGGGAGCCUCCAUGGACAUUCACGGAGGAGGAUUCGACCUCCGGUUCCCACAUCACGACAAUGAGCUGGCACAGUCAGAGGCCUACUUUGAAAAUGAUUGCUGGGUCAGGUACUUCCUGCAUACAGGUCACCUGACGAUCGCAGGCUGUAAGAUGUCAAAAUCACUAAAAAACUUCAUCACCAUCAAAGACGCCUUGAAGAAACAUUCAGCACGGCAGCUACGGCUAGCCUUCCUCAUGCACUCCUGGAAGGACACCCUGGACUACUCAAGCAACACCAUGGAGUCAGCACUACAGUACGAGAAGUUCAUGAACGAGUUUUUCCUAAAUGUGAAAGACAUCCUCCGUGCUCCUGUUGACAUCACUGGGCAGUUUGAGAAGUGGGAAGAUGAAGAGGCAGAGCUGAAUAAGAACUUUUAUGAUAAGAAGAAGGCAGUACACAAAGCCCUCUGUGAUAAUGUUGAUACCCGCACUGUCAUGGAGGAAAUGCGGACCCUGGUCAGCCAGUGCAACCUCUAUAUGGCAGCCCGCAAGGCUGCAAGGAGGAGGCCAAACCGAGCUCUGCUGGAGAGCAUUGCCCUGUACCUUACCCGCAUGCUAAAGAUCUUUGGGGCCAUUGAAGAGGAAAGUUCCUUGGGGUUCCCCAUUGGAGGGCCAGGGACCAGCCUAAAUCUCGAGUCCACAGUCAUGCCCUACCUGCAGGUACUGUCGGAAUUCAGGGAAGGCGUACGGAAAAUUGCCCGGGAGAAGAAAGCUCUUCAGAGACCAGAUCAGAGGAUGGUGUGGCCUGAAGGGACUCCAGGAGGGGGACUCCAAGAGUACUUCCAGUUUGACAAGAUCUUGCGAGUGGGGAUGGUGCUGGUGUUGGCAGUCGCUUGACAUCUUGUUUCACGUUCCUGGCUCAGCCGUGGCUUCCUGGUCACAAAUGGACUUGCCUGGCUCCCUCCUCAGCAACCGGGUUUGGCUACAUGUCCUCCUGGAAAGGCUGAGCUAUUGUAACCAGAAGAACUGCCUACAGUCACGUCCUUCAGGACUCUUCAUUCCUAAACGCUUGCCUGAUUGGGCCCCUGACCUGAUCAGGGACAGGCCUGACCAAGCGAACAGGAAAGCUGGUGUGUGGCUGCCGUGGCUUUGCUGUGAGCGUGGUUAUAGAGCAGGUACACAGCGAGUCUCUGCCCCUGAGCAGCCUACCUUUACAGUGCUCUUUGACAGAGGGCAGGAAAGGGUGAGUCAGCUGGUUGGUGAUUUUGCCUCUGGCACCAGAACGAAAUCUGACUCAGCGAUUAGGAAUGUCCAAACUGCAGGGAGUGUCUAUACUCAAAAUCCUUUGUUCCCCACUUAUUCUGUCUGCUUAGCUUGUGUGUCCUCCUUAAGGGUCACUUCAAAGCCAGUAGGCCUUUGUUGUUCAGGCUCUUUUGAGCUCUCUGCUUUGCCUGGCCAACAUCUGGAGUAGCCACCCCCCGGGGGGUUGGGCUAGGCCUGGCAGCAUGCACCCAGCCUGCUCUGGAGUCAGAGCCAUGGGCAGUGUCCUGGCAGUCAGGCUCAGCUGUGUCUCCUGGUAAAAGGCAUGAGCAACAGCUAUGUUCUGGCUCUCUCAGGGGUAUUUGGAAUCAUGGGCGCACUGUUCUGGCACUGAGGCCCUCAUAGGGAGAGCAAGGAGCCCUGUCAAGACUUUAGGGUGACACAGGGCACGUGUGCUGUUGGUCCCAGACCAUGGCCUAGUAGCCAGGAUGGCAGUAGCUAGGAGCUCUGACUCCUUCACCAGGAAAUAGGUACUGGGAUGGUUUUGGAGCCUUGUGAUUGUACAGUAAAAAUCUAUUUCCAGGAAGUGAGCUUGGCCCCUGGAUUUACCCAGAAAUAGUCUGUAGAUGAUCUUCACACAGGUCGUGGCUCUGGGUGCUGGGCAGGCAGCCUGUUAACAUCUUCCUGUCCUUGGCAGUCCCCAAAGGCUCACCACCAGGGUGGCUAUUGGGCCUGUGCUCUGUCCUGGACUGCAGGAGAAUCCUAGCUCAGCUAAUGCAUCUCAGCGCUUCUGCCUCCUCAGAAUUGAGCAGCCGGCACCCCCUCCCCCAAGUGCUAGAGAAGCCUCACUCCCUCCAGGACCAGACCUCACCUUGUGUGUAACAGAACUA